UCUUGAUUCAGAGAUGUAAGAUGUAAUUAUGAUAAUAUCAUAAAUAGAAAAAAGAACAAAGCAAGUUUGAAAAUUUUCUAAUACGAUUUAAAGCUUUAGUUGAAUCCUAUUUAGCACCAACACCAGAACCAGAGGAAUAACCAAAACAAUAAGUCACAAAACAAAAAAAACAAAAAAAACAAAAAGAUCCAUUAGCUCCCAAGAUGCCUAAAUCAGCAUUCAUCUUUUAUUUUUAAGACAAAAGAGAGAAAUUUUAAUAACAAUAUCCAAGUCUUUUUUAAUGCUAUACUAGAUCUAUAAUUUUAAGAAAUCACCAAAUUAAUUGCUAGUGAAUGGAAAGAUUUACCAAAAGAAAUUUAGUAGGUACUUAAACUAUUUUUAAAUCCAUAGUCAUAUCAUGAUUAAGCCUUAAAAGACAGAAGUCGUUACUCAUAAGAAAAUGAACUCUAUUGCACAUAAACAGGCAAGCAAAUCAACGGCAAGAAUCAAGCAAAAACCAAUAAAUCAAAUGCAAAAAAAGAAAAAGUCUAAUAGAAAGUAGAUUAAGAUGAAGAAAAUGAUUCUUUUGGUGCUGACAUAGGUUAAGAAUGAUAUCUAUAAAAAAA